AUGUCGCAAAGUACGGUGGGGAUUCUCCAAGGCGAUGAACUGGACUUCUACAAAAACACCCUAUAUAAAUGGGUGCAGGACUGUCCUGUAUCACUUACGCCAGGCGCGGAAAUGAUGCGCUCGUUACGUAAAGAAGUAUUGCGUGCAGAAGAAAAUAACGAGUCUAAAGAGUACCGUGCUGCUGUUGAGGAUAUGUUUAAAGUUGUGACAGAUUCCUUGAUGUCUGCAGCUCACCGGAGUGCCCCGUACACACAUAUAGACCGCAGCGCACCUCGGGACUAUCAUGUCACAAAGGAUGAAGAUGAACUUCUUAUGACCGAUGACAUUUUUGACUCGAAUGAAGACAUUGAUAUGGAUGGUGAAUCUGAUGGUGGUAUUAAACCCUCUGUUAAGGAGAAGGAACAAAAACAGCGCAAACGAGAGGAACUACGAAAAAAACGUGCUGAAGAAGAAGCAAUGCUUUUAAAUGAAAAGAAGGUACCUGACGAUAAAGGAAAUUUUCUAGACACAUUGGGCCCAUUUCCUGUUCCACGUCUUACCGUUAGAGCUUCAACAUACACAUUUCCUAGCCGAAAGGCUCUGGAACAGCGUACUGCUAUUCCCUCACCAGAAUCCUCAUCAGAAGAUGAGGAGGAGGAUGUUUCUGUAACCAGCACUCCAUUACCGUGUUCUUCUGGUGCUGAGGCUGUUCCUCAUUUAACAACUUUUAUGAAACCAUUGUCUAUGGAUUCAUUGAAAAAAGUAAGUGAAAGUGCUAAAGUAAAGCAGAACCCCUGCUCAUCUAAGGUGGAUUAUAUAACUCAGAUUGUCAAAACGGCUGUACGACUUGGAUGUGAGAAAGCAUGUGCUCUUAUGGAUAAACAUAAAAUUAUUGAAGAAAUGACCAGCCAUGUGCAGGCUGGACCUCUACAUGCCGCAGCAAGCAUUGAUUUUUUGCGAUCUCUUCCUGAACCAUUAAAACAAGAUUUGGGACAUAUGCUUGGUCUUAUGGAAGAAAAACCUUCAGUAGAAGCCAUGUGGGAACGUAUGGUAGCUAUGGGAUUUCUGGCAGUUUUGACAAAUCUACGUUUAAAACCUCUUAAAAAGAUUACAUCAGAGUUAGCUAUUACAGUACCUGAUACUAAUUCUACAGAAAAAUUUUGUGAAUCUAUUGUUUUCGGUGCCUUUCCAUGUGAACGUAUAAGAGCAAAGAACUCAAGAUCCAAAAAACAGAAGACACUUAAUUUUACUGUUCCACCAUCUGGUAUGCGAUGCAAAGGAGAUAUGGGGUUUAUUACUUUUCAAGUUGAGAAUAUUUCAAUUUUACCAAAGGAUAAUGAACGUCGAUAUUCACCAGAGUUUGAGUAUGGACGACUCAAAUGGAGUCUCCUCUGUAUGGCGAACAAGGAAUUUUUGGCACUUUACUUGUGCCAAACUGGUAGCGUAUACUGUAAAUUUUUGAUAACUGUAGUGAACCACUUGAGUGUGGAUGAUUCUAUCUGUAACGAAGGUACCCAACGUUUUUCUACAAGGUCGCAGGAAAAUGACUGGGGAUUUAAUACUGUGAUAAAAUUUGAGGAAUUACUAAGCCCACGAAAGGGUUUUUGGAAAGAAGAUCGUGACAGUAUUACGAUUGAAGUUGGUAUUGUGCUCGUGGAAGCCCCUAAACCGCUUAAUCCUGUGAAGAAUGCACCAAAUAAGGACAAACCGAUUGGUCCAAAAGUGGAUGAAAAAGCAGUACGUCAACUUAUUGAAGCUGAAAAGAUGGAACAAAUGCGAAAAAAAAUCAAGCAAGAUAUAGCCAAAGCUAUGAAGGAUCAAGAACGUAUACGAAAGGAAAUUGCACAACGUGGUAGUAAAGGUUAUCAUGACUUGAUAGAACGGUUUAAAGCGGAGAAACAACGCAUCACCAAAGAACAGGCAGAACGAGAACGACGUGAGCAGUUGGAACGACAGCGUGAAAUAGAAAUAAUCAAACAAGCUCAAGAACAGAACGCAGAAAUGAAGCGACGUAUUGAAGAACUAAAGAAAGAAAAUGCCAAUUUAAUUCGUGGAAAGAAAGAACUUACACAGGAAACUAGGGAUUUGAAGAAGACGAGCGAAAAGUAUGCACAAGAAUUGCAGUCAAUUAAUGAAAGGAAAGCAUCACUCCAACAAGAGGUGAGACAACGUGAGAAAAAAAUUGCAGCAGCUCAAAGGCAACUUAACGAUCUUUGUCGUGAUGAUCCACAAACACCAACCUCAUCAGAUUAUGACAAUGAAAUUAUGUCUCGACUGGAAGGAUCAGCGGAAUAA